AGUCUUGUGAACUUGUGCACAUCUUAAGCACUCUGGAACAUUCCUUUUACCUCCACAUCCCUAUUAGCAGACAGACAUGCAAACAAACAUGGAAAGUGUCGUAUCAUGUUGGUCUUGUACUUGGAUGACCUCGCUCUUAUCUUCCGGAAAAAGUCGCUCCUGGACCGCAAAAGACGAAUCCGCCGCAUUUCCUCAUUGGCCAUUCUGCCCCCUAGCGGCUAUUUAAGGUAUUGGUUAAAAAAAAAAAGAAGAAGCGCCUCUUGGACUCUUCAGGAUUGGGAAGUUUUCCACCUUACACAAGUAACACCUUUCUUAUUUUUUUGCAAUUCGUGUUGUAAUUGUCCCCAUCAGGUCGACAGGUGACAGGUGUGCGGGCUGACUUUCCCUUUUAUCCUCUGCUAUUUGCAGCCAGCACCACGCCCUCUCAUUGUUCAGGGAAAUGUUCAGCAAGUGUCUCUCAGCUUCACAUGAACUUCCCUCAUUGGCCCGAGAAGAAAGGAGAAGGAUCCAGUGGGGACAACUUUUUCUUUUUCUUAUUUUUGGAUUUCAAAAAAGAGAAAGCAUCUCUUCUGAAGAUGCUUCUGAAACUCUGAACUUUUUUUGUCACUUUUCCAAACACUACCAACAUUUUUUUAUUUAUUUUCUUCCAACCAGCAGAUUUUGAGAAUAUUUAUUUGAUAUUUUUGGAGGGUGUCAGGUCGGUGUGUGCGAUGGCGGGAUGCUGCGUGUCGGCGGAGGACAGAGAGACCAAAAGGAUCAACGACGCUAUUGAGGAGCAGCUGCGCAGAGACAAGAAGGACUCCCGCAGGGAGCUGAAGCUGCUGCUGUUAGGCACAGGUGAGAGUGGAAAGAGCACCUUCAUCAAACAGAUGAGGAUCAUCCAUGGAGGGGGAUACUCAGACGAGGACAAGAAGAGUUACGCCAAGCUAGUCUACCAGAACAUCUACACCUCCAUGCAGACCAUGAUCCGAGCCAUGGGGCCGCUGAAUAUAUCCUUCGCUGAUCCACAGAACAAGAACCAUGCAGACGCCGUUCUGGAGGUGGAAGUGGACAAAGUGGAGGAAUUAAAUCAGCAGCUGGCGGCGGGAAUCCAAAGUCUGUGGAACGACGCCGGAAUUCAGGAAUGCUACGACAGGCGUAGAGAGUACCAGCUGUCUGACUCUACCAAAUACUAUCUCUCAGACUUGGACCGGAUCUCAAAGCCCUCGUACUUACCCGAUCUUCAGGACAUCCUCAGAGUCCGAGUGCCGACCACAGGCAUCAUCGAGUACCCCUUUGACAUGGAGAACGUCAUUUUCAGGAUGGUGGAUGUGGGGGGUCAGAGGUCAGAGCGGAGGAAGUGGAUCCACUGCUUCGAGAACGUCACCUCCAUCAUCUUCCUGGUGGCUCUCAGCGAGUACGACCAGGUCCUGGCGGAGUGUGACAAUGAGAACCGAAUGGAGGAGAGCAAAGCCCUCUUCAAGACCAUCAUCACGUACCCCUGGUUUGAGAAGUCCUCAGUUAUACUUUUCCUUAACAAGACCGACAUCCUCAAAGAGAAGAUCAUGUACUCUCACAUUUCUACGUACUUCCCUGAAUUUACAGGACCCAAGCAGGAUCCAUCAGCAGCUCAAGAUUUCAUCCUCAAAAUGUACCAAGAACAAAACCCCAACAAGGACAAGAAGCUGUACUCUCACUUCACCUGCGCCACCGACACGGAAAACAUCCGCUUCGUCUUUGUGGCCGUCAAAGACACCAUCCUCACAGCCAACCUCAAGGACUUCAACCUGGUGUGACACAAGAGCCCACAGAAUGCCUAGACUUAACAAACUCCUACAAACUGUGCAGGUUCAAAUAUUAAUUUAAGAGUUGCAGCAAUGACAAAAUACAGAAAAAAAGUUGAUGUAAACGUGAUUCUCACCUUUAGAAAUGUGUGCUGUGAUACUUCAGAGAAGUAGAAAGUAUGUGAUAUGUGUAAAUCACUUUAAAAUAUGUAUUUUAACUUAACUUGGAGAUAUUUAGUAUCCUUUUAGGCCUUAUUGGUUUGUUUGUGUUUAAUAAAAUCAAACUGCAGCAAAUUCCCCCUCAUGUACAUGUACAUACUCUAGUAGUGUUUAUUUUAUGCAGAAAUUCUAUUAAUCCUGGUACUUUUCAAUAAUAAACAAAGUUAGUAAAUACAGUACAGUGAUGUGUUUGCUUUCUGGAAGAAAAAAAUACUGAAGGAGUUCAAGCACUUUAUUUUGAACAGCAUUGAAAUGGAAAAUAAAAUAG